AUGGCCGCCCGUCGGUCCUUGGCCACUACUUUCCCCGCCCUCCGCUGCCCUCCCCGCACGCCUGUGGUCGCCAGAGCUGCUGGUGUUCGGGCGCUGAGUACCGCCACUCCAAUUGCUUGUCUGCCUUCUCAGAGGGCAGUGUCCACUCCCGCGACUCUUUCGGCAGCUCGCCGCUUGCAUGCAACUGCCAAGCAGUGUGUCCCCGCCACCACCUCCGCCGCUACCAUCGCGACAGACCACGAGCCUAUUGCGAACCCAAUUGAUACGACCAACUUCAUUGAUAACGAAUUUGUGACUUCCAAAGCCACUACAUGGAUCGAUCUUCAUGACCCAGCCACCAACAACUUGGUGACUCGGGUGCCCCAGAGUACCGAUGAGGAGCUCCAGGCGGCCGUCAAGUCGGCCGAGAAGGCCUUCCCUGCGUGGCGGGCUACCAGCAUCAUCGCGAAGCAACAGAUCCUCUUCAAGUUCACUAACCUGAUCCGGGAGAACUGGGACCGCCUGGCUGCCUCCAUUACCCUUGAGCAGGGUAAGACCUUUGCUGAUGCCCGCGGUGACGUACUUCGUGGUCUCCAAGUCGCGGAGACCGCCUGUGGCAUCACCACUCAGAUGCCCGGUGAGGUUCUGGAAGUGGCUAAGGAUAUGGAGACCCGGAGCUACCGUGAGCCUCUGGGUGUUGUGGCCGCUAUCUGUCCCUUUAACUUCCCCGCCAUGAUUCCUCUUUGGUGCAUUCCUAUUGCCACUGUCACCGGUAACUGCUUGGUUAUGAAGCCCUCCGAGCGCGAUCCUGGUGCCGCUAUGAUCCUGGCCGAACUCGCCAAGGAGGCCGGCUUCCCUCCCGGUGUUAUCAACAUUGUACACGGCGCCGCCCGCACUGUGGACUUCAUCCUUGAUGAACCUGCCAUUAAGGCGAUCAGCUUUGUCGGUAGCAACCGCGCUGGCGAGUACAUCUAUACCCGGGGCUCGGCCAAUGGCAAGCGUGUUCAGGCCAACCUGGGUGCUAAGAACCACGCUGCCGUUCUGCCCGAUUGCAACAAGAACCAAACUCUGAACGCCAUUGUCGGUGCUGCCUUUGGUGCUGCUGGUCAGCGCUGUAUGGCUCUGAGCACCGCUGUGAUGGUCGGCGAGACUAAGGAAUGGCUGCCUGAGAUUGCGGAGCGUGCCAAGGCUCUUAACGUCAACGGUGGCUUCGAGGAGGGUGCGGAUCUCGGUCCUGUCAUUAGCCCCGAGAGCAAGAAGCGCAUCGAGGAUCUCAUCGCCAGUGCUGAGGCUGAGGGUGCCACUAUCCUGCUGGAUGGCCGUGGAUACAAGCCUGAGAAGUACCCCAACGGCAACUUUGUCGGCCCUACUAUCAUCACCAAUGUGACCCCCGACAUGAAGUGCUACAAAGAGGAGAUUUUCGGCCCCGUUCUCGUCUGCCUGAACGUUGAGACUUUGGACGAUGCCAUCAACCUGAUCAACGCCAACGAGUAUGGCAACGGCGCUGCCAUUUUCACCCGCUCGGGCUCAACUGCCUCCCGCUUCCAGAAGGACAUCGAGGCUGGCCAGCUGGGUAUCAAUGUGCCCAUCCCCGUCCCGCUUCCCAUGUUCUCCUUCACUGGCAAUAAGAAGAGUAUUGCUGGCGGUGGUGCCAACACCUUCUACGGCAAGCCUGGUUUGCAGUUCUACACCCAGCAGAAGACUGUGACUAGCUUCUGGAAGGCCGAAGAUGCGAUCAGCACCAAGGCGACCGUGGUCAUGCCCACUCACUCUUAA